CAGGUGUUGUUAGCUAAAAACUGUUGAGCUUUUUAAUAGCUUAUUAGUUGUCUUCCACUGACUAGACUAUGUUCUUGAAUUGUCUGCUAACUUGAACUAUGUUUGUUAAUUUUGGCUGUAUUAAGUUAUUUUGUCAAGGCUUUCCAAAAUGAUAGUAAACUUCCCAAAUAAACCUUUCUCUAACGGAUGAUUCCAGAGCACAUUCCUUUCCAAUGAAUAGAAGAAAAGAAAUGCAAUAAUUGUUCCACGCUUUAUCGAUUGGGAAAUAACUUGCUGUUUAACAGAUUUUUUCAAAAUUUAAUCGAUUACAGUUAUUGUUUGUUCGUCACGAGUUCAAAAUUGCUUUCUAUGCUGAAUUAAAACAAGAUCCAGGAUUAGCGCUGAAACAUUAUCAACAGGCAUAUAAUCAUUUAACAGAGUUGAGAAUGUUAGAUGCUCAUUUGCUGGAAGUGAAAACAGUAGCUGGAUUUAUUAACUACAAGAUAUGCCGCCUGUCUUUUCAAAAUAAUGCAUCUGAUGCAAUAUCACAAUUUCGAAGACAUAUUAAUUUUUUUGCGAAUCUCGUCGGAUUACCACAGUUAGCUUUUGAGCAUGAAGCAUGGAUGUCAAAGCAGUUUGAAAUUCUUGGAGAUCUUUUCCAAGAAGCUAUCAAAUCUAGUCUCACUCCCCUUAUAACCCAACAUCCUGGAUUAUAUUACCAAGAAGCAUCUAGACAUGCUGUUUGCCGUCGUCAGUUAUGUCAAGCUUUAUGCAUCCCUACUGUUAAAGCUGCUGAAAUGAAUGCAGAUGACAGAUUAUACUAUCCUUUGUCAACAGAAUCUAAUGAAUCCACUGUUGGAAUUGACGCCGCUUUGGCUACAGACAGCGGUCUAUUUGCCGAAGAAAGUGAAUCUUCACCUCAUUCACCAAAUCAUUCUUUAGAAUGUUCCAGAUCAAAACGUACAGCAAUCAACACCGCUGUAGAGUUCGUUCGAGCUCAGUCACCUCUUUUGUUUAAAAAACAAAUUUUUACAGCGGACAGUCCAAACUUACGCUAUCAUUCACCCAGUCAGGUACCUGCAGCAGAUUGUUUGUCAGCUACAGAGAAAAUAAACGGUCUUGAAUUUUACGGUCAGCGACCUUGGCGCCAAGGUAUUCAAAGUAUUGAACCACCAAAUCCAACAAAAGAACGAGAAGGGAUCUUAAGUUUGCAAAAAGAAGAACUCAAAGUAGAUCAUUCUAGUUUUAUUAUACCACUACUUGAACAAACUCGAUUACAAUACAAACGAUAUAAAGCUGAACGAAUGAAACUAUAUCCGUGUAUUUUAAUGGGUUCCGAAUAUUAUGAUAAACAGGAUUAUGAUAAGGCUCUCAGUUGCUAUUUAAGCGUAAUCAAUGAAUAUCGUAGCGAAAAAUGGUGGUCUCUCUAUACUUUCACACUGAAGCGAAUUGCAACAUGCGCAUAUUUGGUAGCUCAGCCCACAGUUUUUCUAUCCUCAUGUUUGGAACUUCUUGGACCCAAUAGCUUGGUGCCUCUCUAUGAGAAAGUACAAGUUCAACAAGCAAUUUUUGAUUUCCUUAAGACCGGAGUUCCUAAUCUCAUAAUGUUUUCACCUGAGCUUGAUCAUACCAUAAAAACUAUCGAAGAUGGGUGGAAGAAACAGUUAGACUUAUUAAUACAGCAUACUUCGACUGCUCAUUCGGACGUUGCACAUAAUGAAUCGGUCAAUGAGAACAAAGUGGAUAUCGAGAAAAAACCACAAAGUUCAACCGAUUCACAUUUUGAUGAAAAGUAUAGAAUUUCAUUGGACAUUACCCGAGUUAAUACAUGUAUACAAUGCAAAGCUUGCUUUUCACAACCAGCAUAUACUUUUGGUCAACCAGUUCAAUUGGCUGUUUUCUUACGGUCCUUUGCUCCUUUACCCAUCCUUGUUCACCAUGUCACUGUGACUUUUUCUAACAAGGUCGAGUGUCCAACGUCUUCACUUAAUACACCGCCUAGUACAAUAAACAAACCUUUAAUAGGAAAUUUUUCAACUCAUCAGACAUCGCAAACAUGGUCAUCCAAGUUUAUUCUGGAUUCAAAAGAAAAAUUCAAAGUGAUUCUGUUAUGCCUUAAUCCAGACGUACUUGGUAACCAAAUUAAAGUUGAUUCAAUUCAUUUGUGUUUAUCACCUCCUAUGGUUAAUUGUCAUAAAGAUAUUGAUGAAUUAAUAUUGUGUACAGUUUCAUGGCAAUGGAAUACAAAAUCAGAUUAUCAUCCUUACGUAAGUGGUCGUAAAACUAUUGGUCAUAAACAUCAUAAUCUAAAGAAACAGCAUGAUGUGUUACAUGAUAAUGUGAAUACCAUUAGUAAUAAUAAUUGUGGUUUAUGGUGCAAAGAGGUUGUUCUUUCAGUGCCAGAACGUCGAAUGCAAAAAAACCCUAUUAAAAUUGAAUCCAAUGGAUUCAUAAUUAAUCAUGGAUUUCCUAACCUUCCACCAGACUGGGAUAUUAUCGACAGUCGAAUUCGAACAGAGAUGCAUCAUCCAUCUUCCGGUUUAGAAAUUACUAUGCCAGAGAAUGUUUGUAUACUGGCGAAUGAAAUUUCUCAAAUAAAGUUAACUAUUCGCAAUCCAACACUAAGUGACUGUACUAAACUUAAUUUAACUGUCCGUUUAAUUCCGAGAGAAAAAGAUUCAACCGAAUUUUCUGACAAUGCUAGUAAUACUUCUACCACUGUAUCAACCACAACAAUGAUUACAAAUCCAACUGUAAUAGACAAUUAUAUAAUAGUCGGCAGUUCAUCUGAAUUAAUAUCUCAUAUAUCAGCUAAAAAUAUUAAUUCAUCUCAAAAUCAAGUAGUGCGUAUUUUACAAAGAAUUUCUAAUAAUAAUCAAACACUUUCAUGUUAUUUGACUUUCUCUACUAAAAUUUUACCUUGUGAAUAUCCCGAUUAUUUAUUAUCAUUAUCGGAUUCAUUAACAACAGAAACAGCACUAGUAUAUAAUGUUAUACAUGAAUCUGUGAAAUCUAAUAACAUGGAGCUGUCGAAUAUAAAUAAUCAUUUAGUUCAAAAUAUAAUGGACCAAAAUGCAAUGGUAAUUCAAUGUACUCAGAAUAUUGAAACUAAUAUAACUAUCUUGUCACCAUUUGAAUUAGACUAUAAACUGCUUUCCUUAACACAACAUCCUAUUAAAAGUCUUAUAGUUAAUGACGCGUUUUUGUUAUUGUUCAAGUUAACCAAUACAGCUGAUUGUGAACUGGAAAUACAUGAUAUACAGUUGGAAGUGGCUAAUGAGAUAUCGUGUGGAAGUGACUCCCAUAAUACAUGCAUCAAAAACUUAAUUAUGCAAUCCUCAGAAAGUUGUACUGAAUGUCACAUGUUAUUAUUAAGAGAAACAAUGAACUCACUCGAAACAAUAAAUCUAGGUUAUAUUACUGUUCAUUGGUCACGUGUGUCAACACGUGAUCAUGAUAAUAUGAAACCGUAUAUUGCAACGACAAAAUUCACCUUACCGACUAUUCCGGUUUUAUCUUUACCUAUUCAAAUUAGUGCUGAACUUCCAGCUUAUGGUGUUAUGCUCACUCCAUUUCCAAUCACAUUUAUUUUAUCUAACAAAACUAUUUAUCCACAGGAGGCUGUUUUUCAAUUAGAAUCGAUUCAUGGUUUUAUGUUUUCUGGUCAACAAAAGCUGAAGUUACGAUUACUGCCUGACUCACCGCACUACUUGAAUUAUACACUACUUCCAUUGGUGUCUGGAAAUUUGAAGUUGCCUCGUUUACAUGUUAUGUUAGAACGUUAUGCUACGUUAACAUCAAACACGCAAAAUGAUCAACCCGAUAUACACAUACAAUUAGAAGAAAAUCUUCUACGACAAGUUCCAACACAUCUUAUAGUAAUUCCAUCAACGGAUGGAUUUUUGAAAUCGUCUGAGAAAAAUCCAACAUUCAAUCAAGAAGAGAUUAAAAAUGUGUAA